CCGACGCGAGCACAGUCAUUCGAAUCCAGUAUUAGUGCGGUGUAGAGUGCUCGGUGUUUUGUAAUCCACUUACUCGAAUUGUUCUCUCUUUCUCUCUCUCCCUCUCUUUUUCUCUCUUCCUCUCUAUCUUUUUUUCCCUUUUCUCGCGCAACUACGAUCGAUUAGUGUAUAAAAAUGCCUUUCAAGCCGGUGGAACACCCAAAAUGCCCUAAAUGUGGCAAGUCUGUUUACGCUGCGGAAGAGCGAGUUGCCGGUGGACUGAAAUGGCACAAAAUGUGCUUCAAGUGCGGUCUUUGCGGUAAACUGCUCGACUCGACAAACUGCUCCGAGCACGAGGGCGAGCUGUACUGCAAAGUCUGCCACGGCCGCAAGUUUGGCCCUAAGGGCUACGGCUUCGGUGGCGGAGCUGGCUGCCUCUCCAUGGACCAGGGCGAGCAUCUUCAAGCGAAGAGCGAGGAAUUUUCACGGGGAUCGAACGCCAUCUUAGAGCCGCGAGCCAUCGCGAAGGCGCCCGAGGGAGAGGGAUGUCCUCGUUGCGGAGGGUACGUUUACGCUGCAGAGCAGAUGUUAGCUCGUGGAAGGGCUUACCAUAAAGUGUGCUUCAAGUGCAAACUGUGUCGACGGACUCUGGACUCUACGCUUCAUUGCGACGGUCCGGAUCGUGAGAUAUACUGUCGAGCUUGCUAUCCGAAGAAAUUCGGUCCGCGGGGUAUCGGCCACGCUGGGGUUAUGUGGAUCGGGCUGCAGUGCGAUAUUGAGGAUGAGGGCGAUGCAGCUCCACGCACCACCGUGAUCGACACUGCCGCGAUCAAGGCCCCACCGGGCAAGGGCUGCCCGCGCUGCGGCGGCGUCGUCUUCGCCGCCGAGCAGGUGCUCGCCAAGGGCCGUGAGUGGCACCGGAAGUGCUACAAGUGUCGUGACUGCACCAAGACCCUGGACUCGAUCAUCGCCUGCGACGGCCCGGACCGGGACGUCUACUGCAAGACCUGCUACGGGAAGAAGUGGGGACCGCACGGAUACGGAUUCGCAUGUGGCUCGGGAUUCCUCCAGACCGACGGACUGACGGAGGAAGAAAUUUCGGCCAGUCGACCUUACUACAAUCCCGAUACGACCUCGAUUAAGGCGCCAGCUGGACAGGGCUGCCCCCGUUGUGGCGGCAUGGUGUUUGCCGCGGAGCAACAGCUCGCCAAGGGUACCAUGUGGCACAAGAAGUGCUUCAAUUGCGCCGAAUGUCAUCGACCUUUGGACUCCAUGCUGGCGUGCGACGGCCCCGACAAGGAGAUUCACUGCCGCGCCUGUUACGGAAAGCUCUUCGGGCCCAAAGGAUUCGGAUUCGGCCACAAGCCGACUCUUGUCUCGACGAACGGGGAUCACGCUCCUUCCUACAUCGACGCCAAGCCACAGGUUGGUCAGAAGCGAGACGACGGGCACGGUUGCUCGCGCUGCGGCUACCCGGUGUACGCCGCCGAGCAGAUGAUCUCGAAGAACCGCGUGUGGCACAAACGAUGCUUCAGCUGCGGCGAGUGCCACCGUUCCUUGGACUCGACGAACCUGAACGACGGCCCGGACGGGGACAUCUACUGCCGCGGCUGCUACGGCCGAAACUUCGGUCCCAAAGGUGUGGGCUUCGGCAUUGGCGCGGGCACUCUCACGAUGGCCUAAUUUAUGGGUCACCCCCUACGUCGCUCCAAAAGAAUCCUCGCGAUCCAGUCUUAUAUAUAUAUAUCAAUGUAAAUACAUAAAUAUAUAUUUAUACGGGGUAUCCAAAAACUGUUAUGCAAUAUUUCAAUAGCGUAUUCUGGGUCUUAAUUAAAAUCGACGAUUUUAAUACGAAUGUGUCGAAGGAGGUCUUUACUUAUCGCAACUGUUCAAUUUUAACAUUGUGUUCCUUUGUAACUAAGUUUUGAGUUAGAAUUCUUCUCAAGCGCACGCUAAUUGAAAUUAACUAGAAAGAUUAGCUAAAGAUAUAACUUCAUUAUUUAUUUGGCCUUCUGUUCUUCGGUUUAUAUAUUAGGACUUUCAACUUCAAUCGAACCUCCGAAUACGUUAUUAAAGUAUUAAAGUGCACGACAGUUUUGGGAUAGCUUGUAUAAAGGCGUCUGACUGUGUAUCCGACGACAGACGAACGCGCUGCUCCGGGAAUUUCGAUUUUUCCUUUCUUAGCUUACGACGAUUCGAUGAUGUCGAUGACUUCAUUCCCGUUAUAACGAACGGCGCGCUAGGCUUCGGAUGAUGAUACGGAGUUCGGUUGAUUCCACGUUUAACGAAGAUCAGUCGCGCACGGACGAGCCGACACAAAUCGCCGAUAACUCGCCGUGACAUGAGAUCGCGCUCGUAUCGACCGUAUUACGGAUCAAUUAGUCGCAAUUAACGAUCUAUUUAUCCGUAGUGUAAGUGAUUAUCGCUUUUAUGACGAUACAUGAGAUACAGUCAGUUCUCUCUCUUCCUCUUUCUGUAAAAUGAAUAUAAUUUCGACAUUAAACAGACAGGAGGAUGCGUGCAAAAGAGGGAGACGUUUAAAGAGGGAAACGUAUGUACGUGCGAUCAACUGAUCGCAACGAAUUGUCGCGAAUUAUCGACGAUGUAUCGACUUACUCCUGCAUUCAACCGGAUCCACUCUCGUCCAAUCGUCGCGAUGACUUGCACUAAGCUACUGCGAAAAUUUCACAGAGACCCGUGGAUCGCGCAAGAACAGCUUGUAAGUCGAGUCCGCAAAGUGCCAGUGAUUUCGCUUACGAUCUGUUCGACGAUCCUCAGUUCUCUCUGCGAGUUUCGUGGCGGCUUAGACGAUCCUCAAUGACGACCUAUGCGCGAACGACUAAUUUGAUGACAAGCAAUUACGAACGUACGAAACUUUUGUUACUUUUCUCCUUUUUUCUUUUUUUUCUAUUUUUGAUCGAGGAAUUGGAGAUUACGACCGCGAAGAUCGUUCCGCGAGGUGUCGGUCUUGAAAGAAACGCUAUAAAAAGGCUAAAAAGUUAGGUGAAUCCUUGUGUUCGUAUUUGGUUUGGAUCGAAUCUGUCCCACAAAUUUUUAUAUUUUUUUAUUUUGUUUUUGUUUUAUUUCGAGUCGCUAGAAAGCGUAUUUUAAGAGAAUCACAAAGAUGUUUCCUAUCGGUGAUUUCUCAUGAUUUAACAUUCUCGAUUGUCAAUGUUAUUCGGAGAUAAAUGUAGAACUCUAAGCGACGGUUUUCCGUUUCCUAGAUUAAUACGACAACGCGAGAUAGAAUGCAUCACAAUUAAAGAUGCUAGCUGGUUAACUAUUUCGCGUUUAAAAUUCAAAAUUAGGCCAUGGCAAUUG